AAAAUACACGUGUCCCCGUGGAAAUAAGGCCCCACGUGGAAGCAGAGGAACUAACACUUCAACAAAAAUGUGAUGGAAUCAUGUUCCAAUGAGUUCACACUCAAGACAAAAGGGGACUUUGAGCUGCACAAUGGAAUAAAGGCACACUAAGUUUAGGGCUGCAAAUAACACGGACUGUGGGGGAUACUUGUUUCUGAACAUCCAGUGCUGCCCCCGUCUGGUCACAGCGUGGAAUAAGGGCUGUGUUUGACGGUUCACCCCCACCAGGCUGCUGCUCGCAGAUGGAGGCCCACCAACACUCUCCAGACAGCAGCAGUGAGGAGUGCACCGUCCUGGAGGCUCCACCCGGCAAAAACAGCUGCCUGCAACAUGCAGGGAAUGUGGCAGAACUUUACUGUUCCGCCUGCGAGUGUGCACUGUGCGAGGACUGCCAUCCUGAACACGACGAUCACCCCAAGGUGUCACUCAGCCAGGCUCUGGAUCAGCACCGCAGCUGCCUGCAGGACAGGCUGGAGGCCGUCCAGAACAGACUCCCUCCGAUUUCAGAUGCCCUGUCCUUCGUCAAGGAGAUCCUCCAGCAGCUGACCAAUCUGAGGGCUUCCAUCGAAGAGGACAUCGAGUCAAGCUUUGAAGACCUGCACAAGCAACUGGACGUCCGGAAGAGUGUUUUGCUCAUGGAGCUGGAGGUCACGUGUGGACUAAAACAGAAGGUCCUCCAGGCGCAGAUAGAUAGCCUCAGUCGGGGAGAGGGUGACAUCGCUGCACUUUGUAGCCAGAUGGAGGAGGCUCUGGCUGGGGAGGCCUGCGUGGCGAGCCUGCAGGUGGAGCAGGAGCUGGGGGAGAGGUUGUCCGGGCUGGUACACCACGACUUUCCAUGUCAGCCAGAGGAGAAUGACCAGCUGGAUCUGGUGAUGGAGACUGACGGACUGAGGAAGUCCAUACACAACCUUGGGACCAUUGUCACGACCAGUGCGGUGGCAAGCCAGAGUGAAGCUAUGGGUGCUGGUCUGCAGCAGUACAUUGUAGGGCAUCCUGCCUCCGUUACCAUAGUAACAAGAGACAAGUCAGGGGGAGCCUGCAAGUCCGGCAACGCGAUCCUCUCAGCUGAGGUGUUCACCCCUGAUGGCAGCAUAGUGGAUGGGGAAAUCGUAGACCACAAGAACGGCACAUAUGACUUUGUGUACAUGGUGCCAAAGGAGGGCAACUUCUCACUGGCCCUCCGUCUGUACGACCAGCACAUCAAAGGAAGCCCCUUUAAACUGACUGUUUCCAGGGCCAUGGAGGUGGAAGUAGAGGUGUCCCCCUCCACCACCACAGCAACCAACUCAGCAGCCAACGCCACCCCAUCCACAGGCUCCUCUGAUGGGGCCAAAAGACGAGGGAAGUCACCUGGGCAGAAGAAGAAGGGCUCCAAAAGAGCUAGCAGCGCCCUGGGAACCCCACGACGCAAAACACAGAACCCCAUCGAGGACGAUCUCAUCUUCAGAAUUGGAACAAAAGGAAGGAACAAAGGAGAGUUCACCAACCUUCAAGGAGUGGCUGCGUCGUCCAAUGGCAAGAUACUGAUCGCUGAUAGCAACAACCAGUGCGUCCAGAUUUUCUCCACUGAGGGGGAAUUCAAGAGUCGUUUUGGGGUGAGGGGACGGUCUCCAGGGCAACUGCAGCGUCCCACGGGUGUAGCUGUGCACCCCAGUGGUGACAUCAUCAUUGCCGACUAUGACAACAAGUGGGUCAGCAUCUUCUCCUCUGAGGGCAAGUUCAAGGCAAAGCUUGGCUCUGGCAGACUCAUGGGGCCAAAGGGCGUGUCCGUGGACCAGAACGGUCACGUGAUUGUGGUUGACAACAAGGCAUGCACCGUCUUCAUCUUCCAGCUGACCGGCAAGCUCAUCAGCAAGUUUGGCAGUCGAGGCAACGGUGACAAACAGUUUGCAGGUCCACACUUUGCAGCAGUGAACAAGAACAAUGAGAUCAUUGUGACCGACUUUCAUAACCACUCUGUCAAGGUUUUCACACCAGAAGGAGAGCUGGUGUUGAAAUUUGGCUCAAACGGCGAGGGCAACGGUCAGUUCAAUGCCCCCACCGGUGUUGCUGUGGACGUGAAUGGUAACAUCAUCGUAGCCGACUGGGGCAACAGUAGAAUACAGGUGUUUGAUGGCAGUGGUUCCUUCCUCUCCUACAUCAACACUUCAGCGGACCCUCUGUAUGGACCACAGGGUCUCGCUCUGACCUCAGACGGACACGUGGUCGUGGCUGACUCGGGCAACCACUGCUUCAAAGUUUACCGCUACCUGCAGUGACGGCAGCGCGGGGCGGAGAAGUGACGAGGAGAGACACGACGCACGCAAGUUAAACUCUGGGAAUUGUUGCAUGAGCCUCUUUUGCUGACAUGAGCGAUGGAUAGAAGGAAGGAAGGAAGGAAGGAAACAAAGAAGAAGGAAUAGCAGAGCCAUCAUUACAUCACAAGACUACAAUGGAAACAAAAGUUGUCUGAUGACUUCGAACAAGUAAAUAUUUAAAAAGUGAGACAAGGACUAUUUUCAGAGGCAGAUACAAUGAAAUUUGCCUUUGUGCAAAUUGGAGAUAUGUCGCAGUGUCGGAUGCAGGAAUUAUGGAAAAGGUAAGGAGUAGAAACUGAUCUAAAAAUGGAUUGUUGACGUCAAAUUCUAAAAGCCCCUCUUUUAAUACCAGGUUGUGGAUUAACAACAUGUCAGAACAGGAAUGAGGAUUGUUAGGAUUUAACUGACGUCACAAGUUAUGAUGCAGGACAUGACGUGAAAAGAUUCAACCCAUUUUAUUGCUGUUUCCUGGGAAAAUGAAUGAGGUGGUCUUUAAAGUGAUGCUGACAGUGUCUCAGAUAAGUGGUAAUAGUUCAGGUUUAUUUGAAAUAGUGGUAAAAUGAGGUACUGACAUAUAGUGAGCGGUGACUGUGCUGUGAGUGCCCCAUACACUGAGGAGAAGCCUGAGACACGAAGGUUUGGUCUCAGUGAAAAAAUGGCUGCCAGUGGGGACAGAUUUUAGCAACUUAACAAAAGACAAUCAUAAUGAUUCAAAGUUAACUUAAGCUACAAUAACUUAAGAAUAUGUUCACUGCUGGUUGGAAAGAGUCUUUUUAAACAAAGAUUUGAAGUUUCUUUGCAAUUAUCUUGCACCAAAGUCCAUAGAGAAAAUCAGUGAUUUUAGCUCGCAGGGACAAAGCAGCUGCUGGUCUACUGCUGCCCCGUGUGGUCAGUUUGUGUCACUGAUGUAAACCUAAACAAAGGUUUUAAAACACACAAGUCACAAUAGAUUUGAAGUUACUGAUGGAGGCCUCAGUGGAUCAACAGCUUGUGUGCUGUGAUGUUAAAAUCACUGAUUUAAAAUUUUCUGGACUUUGGUGUGGGAGAGUGAGUGGUUUACAAAAUGAUGCGAAUUUCUGUUUCCUGCCAGGAAAAUACUGUUAAAUGCUAGACAUUAACAGUGAACGUGUUCUUAAGAUGUCAUAGACUUAGGCUGACAUAGAUUUAAUUGUUGAGUCAUUUGUUAAUUAGCAAACAUUUUUUCCAUAUGUUAGUACCGUGUGGCAGCACCUCAGACAAACCUGAACUAUCCCUUUAAGAGGAUGUCACUCUGGGCAUGUCACGUCAACUCAGACACGGGUCUCUGUUAGCGAGUUGUACAUGGUUUGUACAUUCAGAUUGUCCAAAUACGGAAUGUUGUGUUUUUAGCCACAUGCUAGUAUUAUUUUUAAGUCUUAAGGUGCGUUCACACCAAACAGGAAGUAGUGAAACUCCAUAUCUCACGCCACUGACCAUCAACUAAAAGUUCACGCAAGCCAGCAAUUGUUGCUGGGAGAGAAUUUGUGGGUUGUGUUGACUCGUUGCAACAAACGAUUAUUUUUGUAACGAUUAACGUGUUGAUUAUUUUGUAGUUUGGUUCAGAAAAUGUCAGAGAAUGUUGGUCAUUUUUUCCCAAACCUGGAAAUGAAGAUGUGCUCAAAUGUCUUGUUUUGUCCACAAACCAAAAAUGAUUCAGAUUUAAUGAUUUCUUUGCUGAGAAAUCAGAAAACUUGCUUUCAUUAAUUGAGAGACCUGUUAAGAAAUGGAUGAAUUGUUACAACUCUAAUAGUGGAUACACAAAAAUAAGCUUGCGACCAAACAAACAUACAUGUGGAGCAAAAUAGCUGAUUUUCCAUUCUUGUCUGGUUUGAACGCACAAUCAGGGAGCUGCUCGAUUACAACUGUGGUCAUCGGAAUGAACGAUCCCUUGUGUGUGCUUAACGCCAUCAUCUCUGCUUAGAUUAAGGAUUUGUAUAUUUUUUCUUGAGAAAUAUUACGAGGAGGAAACAAAUUCUAUAAAUCUAUCAUAUAUAUUUGUGAGAAAACAUUUAUUAAUAAUAAUAAUAACAACAACAACAAUAAUUAUAAGUGAGUGCUCAGUAACAUUUUUGCACUUGUUUCUGCUCGCUGGGGUAGAAGGGGAGGCCACCAGCAAGGAUUCUGGGAUGUUCUGUCGCUUAAUAGUACCAUUACAAUCUGCCACAAAAGAGUUCCUCAGUGUUCCAGACGCAUGCCUCUGUAAUAUGUGAUUGGUGACAUCAAACAAACCUCAGUUCAGAUCUGUACGCUCAUGAAUUAAAACUAGCAUCCUCACACGCAAACACAUUUACAGUCAUGUCAUUAAAAGGUGUUGUUAAAAAAAAAAAAGACUGCAAGGCUGCAAGGCAUCCACGUCAGCCCUCACUGGACAGAUUUUAAGGGACAGUGCAAGUGUUUUGAAGUGUGGUUGGAUAAGGUACGGUCACAUGUUCAGCACUGACUGUGCUGUGAGCACCCCCUGUGCCGAGAACAAGUCUGAGAUGCAAAGGCUUACUCUAGAGCGAGUGGAACGGUUUGGUUUGGUUUGGUACAGUACAUUUCUUUUGCAUUUCCAUUAGGAAUAGUACCAUUGGGUACAACUCAUAGCUAAGCAGAAAGGGAACUUGGCUUGUGACCAAAGUGUUGCCAGUUUGAGUCCACACCAGGUCAAGGGCUUGGGUACCACUGAGCAAGGUACCCAAUCCCCCAUUGCUGUUAAUUGGACCCCUUUGAGCCAAUUAACCGCAUCCGGUGUCGUCCUAGCGUUGGUCCCAAACCCGGAUAAAUGUGUCAGGAAGGGCAUCCAGCGUAAAAAUCUUUGCCAAAUCAAAUAUAAGGAUCAUCCGCUGUCACCAAAAUAACCAGCCCUUUCAAUUCUUUGGCAUCCUUCCCUUGGGGUACGCCCACAGUGUAUUCUCAUUCAAAGCUUGACGUCUUGUUGAGACAAACAGCCUCAGACUGAGCAGGAAUAGUCCACAUAAAGGUACUGUUCUCAGUUGAAAUGCAAGCCUGACCCAAGACUUUACCAUUCCAAACCAUACUAGACCGUACCAUGAUGGAAACAUGGCUUAAGCAAAAACGUGGUUGCUAGCUGAUUUUUACGACUCGAAAACAGGCUUACCCUAAUAAAACCAACACGUGGAGAAGUCUAUGAUAUCUUAGAACUUAACUUAGAUGUUUGCAUUCACUCUCCCACACCAAAGUCCAUAGAGAAAAUCAGUGAUAACACCACAGCACACAUGAGUUGUUGAUUCACUGCUGCCUCCAUCAGUAACUUCAAAUGUCUUAUUUUGUCACUUCGGUGAAUGAAAUCCUUUGUUCAGAUUUACUACAGUGACACAAACUGACCACACAAGGCAGCGCUUUGGUGAGGGAGAGUGAGCGGUUUACCAAACGACACAAUCAGCUAAGACCAUGUGUUUGCUACACUUCAGAUAUCUGUACUGCCCCUUUAAUCUGCAACAUUCAUAUGAAGGAACAAUCUUUUGCUCGUAAUGAAGGAAAACCUUAUUGUGGUCAGUUGUUUACAGUAUUUGUCGAAGCAGGUAAUUAAAAAAGAAAACCUGAAUAAUAUAUAAUGUUCACACAUUUUUCCAAACAUUUAUUUAUUUAUUUAUUUAUUCAUCUAAUUCAUUAUUUUAAUGUUUCCAUCUUACCAUUUGAUUGUGUUUCACCAUGUGCAUUGAUCUUCUUAAGUGCCCAUUACAUUUAAUUUUUUCGGUCGAAUUAUAAUUGUCAACCUGCGGGGCUGAAAAUUCUCAAGCUAGCCAACGAGCAAAAACAGCUUUUUAGCUUUGUGAUUAUCCUGAUUUGAACAAAACAUUUUUAGCACAAACUUACGUGACAUGGGAGGUUUCAAGCACAUCAUGCUAGCUAUUCAAAUGGUGUCAAAAGGACAUCAUUGCUAGGCAGCUAGCAUGUGGAUAAUGCUAACAUAAGAAAGAUACACAGAUGAAAAACAGAACAUUUUUCUCUUGUGAUUAAUUUUGACCAAAUAAAAUCUGAUUUUACCUCCGAACUUCCAUUUCACCACUCACAAAUUCUGAACUUUCUGAGGGGGACGACAUGGAAUUAUCUCAUAAAACACUAUAAACACAACGCCAUUUGAAGGCACCACGAGAUACAAACUAACAUUGUGUUGAAUGCUAACAAGGCACGUGACUGGUGUCACAAGUAUAUUUGAAUGAAUUUUCAGCCCCAACAAAGGGUCAAUAUUUAAUAUCUUUAAACUAUACAUUUUCAGACUUGUUUUUUAUGAAGCUCAGAAAACUGCUAAAUCUCUCAUUUGGCUAUUUUUGGAUUUGUUGGUGUCAACAAACACCCAGACAUGUUUUUUUACAGAAGUUAUCCGGGCCUUGUUUGCUGGAUAGUUGGCAUUAGUGUUAUUAAAAAAAAUAAUGUUGAAUGUUAUGGAAUUGCCUUGAUUUAAAGUUGUUCAGUUAGCUAUGAAAAAUUAAACAAAAAUUUCAGAACUCAUGUACUCAUUUGAGGGAACCUUCGUUUAUGAAUGUUUUUUUAAUUACUCGAUUGUACAAUAUGCAACACUUGAGUACCACUAGUCUUCAAGACCAAAACAAAUGUUAAUGCAAAAGCUAAUGCUUGUAACCUAAGAUGCCUGUUCUAGCAAUCACUAGUAAACACAGACAUGGACUUUCUGAGUUCCAAAUUGGAAGUUUCAAAGUCUUCAGACGUACUUAAAUUAGACACCACAUAAAUCAGCCAGAAAACUCAUCUCUUUUCCGGCUGUUUUUGACAUAAAAGUGAAGAUGGUGGAUAGAUGUUGUGCCAAAAACAGUCAGAGACAGGCUAACGGAAGAACAUUUUACCAGAUCCCCACAGAUCCAGAGAGAAAGCCUAGACUAGAGUUACCAACAUUAGCAGCAUUAGCACAGCAAUUAUUUACAUCUCACUGCCUGUUGCUAAUGCUAAUGUUAUGCUAAGAUGGGUGUAAUAGCCCGAUUUGUGUGUUUUGAGGUAACACGAAGUACUGUAGUAUAAUUGGGUAAUGACACUAACCCUUCCAGUGACAACUUGACCCCACUGUUUACAAACUCGUAAAAAGCACAGAAAAACUGUCAAGUUUUGCGAUAUAUCGGUCAAUCUCCGUGGAUUUAAAGUUUGAUGCACUUGCCUGCCAACAUGGCGGUUCAAAGAAACUGAGUCACGCGAUGUCCAGAGCUCGACACGUUUGUAGCAAUGUUUGGCCCCAAGAUAUGUUUGCAUUCAAAUUUUUCCGACUUUAACUGGAACACUCCCAGUUUUGACUUCUGUUGUAAAUGGAACGCAUCAAUUUUGAAUGAAAAAAAAGUGUGAUGAUAUCAGUGAACUAUGAUACAGCUCAUAUUUGUUUUUGGCAUCUAGUGAGGCAAAAAUGUUGCAUAAUGGAGCUUUAACAGAACAACACAGGACGUAUAAUCCAAGGUGUGUCACUGUCAGUGCAUAGUUUUCUUUUCCUCAAAUGGAUUUGUGGUUCAAGCUUUUAAAGCACUGGUCAGUUUGUGAGAACAUCAUGUUGCCUGCCUUUUCCACUCUGUAUUUACUCUCAUGUCUGUCACUGUUCACACUCAACACUGAAAUAAAGCAUUGAUUCCUAAACAGCA